AUGGCUAAGAAGAAGGUAUCUACUAAAGCAGGUUCAACAACUAAAAAACCCAACAAGUUGAGUGUGUUCCACACAGCUCCAAUCUUUGAUUUGCUUCAUAAUUUCCAGAGGGCACCCGAUCAAUGGGCCGCUAGGUACAUUUUAAUUAUCACUGCCAUGAUAAUAAGAUCUGCUGUGGGACUUGGAUCGUUCCUGGGAUUUCAAGAAAAACCUAUCAAUGGAGAUUUUGAAGCCCAAAGACACUGGAUGGAAAUAACAAUUAAUUUACCGAUCGAUCAAUGGUACUUCUAUGAUUUACAAUAUUGGGGAUUGGAUUAUCCUCCUUUGACAGCUUUCCAUCUGUAUAUAUUUGGUCAAUUGGGGAGUUUGAUAAAUUCUGAUUGGUUUAAGUUGGAUGCUUCUAGAGGUUUAGAAUCUGUUGAUAUCAAAAACUAUAUGAGAUUUACUAGUUUAAUUAGUGAAUUGAUAAUAUUCUCCCCAGCUUUACUUGGUCUCAUCACAUUCAUGGGUAAGAAAUUGAAUAUAAGUAGGAUUGAUCAAAUAAUCAUCACUUGUAUUAUCAUGUGUCAACCAUCACUCAUCUUAAUAGAUCAUGGCCAUUUCCAAUUCAAUUCGGUCAUGUUGGGAUUAUUCUUAUUCUCAUUACUUGACUUGUUAAAGGGUAGUUAUAUUUUAGCUUCUAUUUGGUUUAUGAGUUCUAUUUUCUUCAAACAAAUGGCUUUAUAUUAUGCUCCAUUCAUUUUCUUCUUCAUAUUAGCUAAGUUGUUCAAUAAUUAUUAUGAUUUCAAUAACAAAAAGUAUUCAAAUUUGAUUACCAAGUUCAAUUUCACCAAAUUAAUUUCAAUUGGAUUAACAAUUUUGAUUACUGUAUUCACAUUCUUAUCACCUUUCAUUUUCUGUAACUGGAAUGAUGUUUAUAAGAAUUUGAAUCAAAUUUUGAUUAGAGUUUUUCCUUUCAACAGAGGAUUGUUCGAAGAUAAAGUUGCAAAUUUUUGGUGUACAACCAAUUUAUUGAUCAAAUAUAAAACUAUAUUUACUAAUGAUCAAUUGACGAAGAUAUCUUUAUUAUUAACAUUGAUUUCCAUUCUACCACCAAACUUAAUGAUCUUUUAUAAGCACAUUUUCAAUUCCAAAUUUUCCAAAACUUCAACUAACAAAUCCAAGUAUCUUUCAUUAGUUUAUGGUUUCGCUGCAUCAUCAUGGGGAUUUUAUCUUUUCUCAUUCCAGGUUCAUGAAAAGACAGUAUUAGUACCUUUGAUACCAAGUACUUUAUUAUUCUGUUUAAAUGAUGAUUAUUAUAUUUCUAUCAUUCAAUGGAUAAAUAAUAUGGCUACCUUCAGUUUAUUUCCUUUGUUGAAACGAGAUGGGUUGGCUUUACAAUAUUGGGUGUUAUUAAUAAUGAUCAAUUGGUUAAUUGGUGGAUUCAAAUUAAAAAGCAAUUUAUUGUUUCAAAGAAACUCAUGGUUCUGGAAUAUAAUUUUCACUUUAUCAUACCUUGCGGUGAUAGGAUUCCAUGCUAUUGACUUAACUUUGCCACCUCCAGACUACUUACCUGAUUUAUGGGUCAUCUUAAACACUACUAUAUCCUUUGGAUGUUUUAGUUUGUUCUACUUAUGGUUAUUAUUUGAGAUCUAUAGCCUUUAA